UGUUUUGAGUAAACGCUAUCUCUCCUGAACUAUUGGGAGAGGAACGAAUAUGUCCGUGGGUUCAAAGUCUGUGUGUUCCUGAAAGCCACAGGAUCGAAGUUUGAUCUGGUUGUUGCGAAGAAGGGAAGAAUUCAUGGCGCUUGGAGCUUGAGUGUGCGAAGAGAAUGACCCAAUCUUUGAAAAUGAAGUCCGAACGAACGCAGAAAGAAACAAGGAUACCGACCUUCGUCCAUCUCAGUCUCUUCGUGGUUCUUGUUUGAAGGUUCGAUUCAAUCUUUAGGUAUGAACAAGAAAGGAUUGGCAAUAUUGAUGCGAACCAGGAUGAGACCUAACAACGAUCUCACCAAGCUCUCUCUGUCCCCUCUUCCUAACCGGAUGCAAUCUAAUCCACAAGAAUCAAGUGGACGUGUAAUGGAGCAUAGUUCGGACGAUGCUAUAAGACGGCUCGAUUGCUCAGGCAACGCAGAAAGAGAUUUCGACAUUGUGCGUGGAUGGAUGCAUUCGGCCAUUUCAAUGAAGGAAAUGGAAGGUCUAGAUGCCGUGCUUAAUGAUUUUUCAAAGGGCUAUUUCAGUCUCUCCCUUGACAACCGCCGUGAGUUGCUUCGCCUGCUUGCCAAAGAGUAUGACUUCAAUAGAACACAAGUUCGUGUUCUGAUGAAGCAAUAUCUUGGUCUUGAGCUACCUAGUGGUGAUAAUGCACAAUCUGCUGGUCAACAAGAUGACACCCCACUUUCUGCUUUCUACCAUCUUGAGCGAAAUUUGAGGCAUGCUCUAAAACCAACAUACGAAGUUCUUUUUGAGCGGCUUAACACACAUCCUGGUGGGCUGGGGUUCUUGUCCAUUCUACGAGCGGAUAUUCUCUCUAUUCUUGAAGAGGAAAACACUGCAUCUUUGAGGGCAUUGGAUACCUACUUGAAGGAGAAACUUAGUAUGUGGCUCAGUCCUGCUGUCUUGGAGCUUCACCAAAUAACUUGGGAUGACCCUGCUUCUUUACUAGAGAAAAUUGUAGCUUAUGAGGCUGUGCAUCCUAUCAGCAAUCUUAUUGAUCUUAAGAGAAGGCUGGGAGUUGGCCGACGUUGUUUUGGAUAUCUACACCCUGCAAUACCAGGUGAACCUCUUAUUUUUAUUGAAGUUGCACUUUUGAAGAAUGUGGCUCAAACAGUACAGGAAGUUUUGUGGGAUGAUCCCCCGAUACCUGAAAGUGAAGCAACCUGUGCAUUGUUUUACUCUAUAUCCUCUACAAAGCCUGGCUUAUCAGGAAUCAAUCUUGGGAAGUUCCUCAUUAAACGAGUAAUAACACUUGUGAAGAGAGACAUGCCAUUUAUCAGUACAUUUGCAACUCUAAGUCCAAUCCCAGGUUUCAUGCAGUGGCUCUUAUCAAAGUUGGCAUCUCAAUUAAAUCUCGACGAGGUAGAGGUUGCAACACGUACACCCGGAGAUGAAUCUGUUUCCACUUUCUGGGAGAAUAUUCUUGAACCGGAGGAGGAAAGACUGCUCAUCGAAUCAUCACAAGAUUUUGUCACCGGAAAGAAUGGCAUGGAAAUCCUGUUCAAGUUAUUGACUUUGUCAAACCAUGAGUGGAUCAGUUCGACAAAAUUGCUUUCAGCAUUAAAACGCCCUCUAAUGCGCUUGUGUGCCAGGUACCUUGUGGAAGAGAAAAAGAGAGGAAAAGCUCUAGAUUCUGUAGCAAACUUUCACCUGCAAAACGGAGCAAUAAUUGAGAGACUUAACUGGAUGGCAGAUCGAUCCGUCAAAGGCCUCCUUCAAAGUGGAGGCAUCAUGGUGAACUACGUUUACAGGAUGGAGAAAAUAGAAGAAUAUGCUCAUUCUUACUUCAGCACUGGCCAAAUACAUUCCUCACCUGACAUUCUUCGUUACGUCGAGACCAAAAAGUUACAGGAUGAAUCUACAGAGUAGACAAAUUUCUGGAAGAUUCAAUUGGUACAUCACCAUACCUAAGAAUCUAUAGUUAUUUAUUCUUCUCUGCUGCCAUUAUUGUUGCUGCUGGUGGGAGGUUAGAUCUUACAGAAUGAUAUGAUAUCUGAUGUUGUAGCAUAGCAUCACUAGAAUAUGUCAUUUUAUUCGA